AGCCGAAACACAAGAAAGACUACUAAAAUGAUGCUUCCGGAAUCAAAAAAUGGUAUAACCAUACGAAUCAUGACCGUAGAGGACUAUAAAGAAGUCAAACCCUUUAUGAGAGAACAUUUCUACUACGACGAACCCUUGGGAAUAGGAAUAAACGUGCCCCUGCACCUUCAAAACGAGGCGGAGGAGGACCAGCAUCAUUUGGAUAUGAUCCGUCAGGGACUCUCCCUUAUAGCAACAGAAGAUAGUAACCCGGAACACGUCGUGGCUAUUGUUUUGGCGGAGAAACUGGAACCCCAUGAUAUAGAAAAGAAUCGCAUAUAUGCCGAGGAAAAAGAGGAUAAUCUCUUGGGCCGCAUUCUGCGGCUCAUGGCCAAAGUGGAACGGGAAGCAAACGUUUUCGAGCAUUAUGGCGUUACCAACUUCCUGAACUCUUACAUAACCGCUGUGGCUGCCCCGGCGAGGGGAAAGGGUCUGGGAUCUCGUCUGGCCAGCACACUUAUUGAGCUGGGCCGGUCCCGGGGAUUCCCCGUGAUGGCCGCGUACUGCACCAGCCACUACUCCGCCCAGCAGAAGGACGCCUUGGGCAUGGAGUGCAUUUACACCCUGGCGUAUGCCGACUACAAGGACGAUCAGGGCCGUGGGAUGUUCACCCCACCCGCCCCACACACUCAUAUACGAGUAAUGGCCAUGAAGCUUUGAAUAAAUUUAUGAUUAUUCGAAUAAAAUAAA